AUGGCGGCCCCCGGCGGCGCCUGGCGACGGCCGCUCCUGCUGUUGCUGCUGCUGCUCGGCCUCGCGCGUGGCGCCUCGGCGGUAUUCGUGGUGAGCGACGGCAACGGGACCGCCUGCAUCAUGGCCAACUUCGCCGCCACCUUCGAGAUCAGCUACGACAGCCGGAGCGGCGCCAAGAACACGACCUUCAGCCUGCCAGCCAGCGCCCAGGUGUUAAACAGCAGCUCUUGCGGUAAAGAGAACACUUCCGACUCCAGUCUCGUGAUUGCUUUUGGAAGAGGACACACACUCACCCUCAGUUUCACAAGAAAUGCCACCCGUUACAGCGUCCAGCUGAUGACGCUGGUUUAUAAUCUGUCAGACGCAGAGUUCUUCCCCAGCGCGAGCUCUAAGGGCACCAAGACGGUGGCAGCCAGCACCGACAUCAGGGCAGACCUCAACACCAAGUACAGGUGCGUGAGCAACAGCCAGGUGCACCUGCUCAACGUGACCGUCACCCUCGGCAACGCCACCAUCCAGGCGUACCUGGCGAACAACAGCUUCAGCCAGCAAGAGACGCGAUGCGAGCAAGACAAGCCCUCACCGCCCACCCCGACGGCACCGCCCACACCCACCCCCACCCCAGCACCCACGAGCCCCGUGGUGUCCAGAUACAACGUGAGCGGCGCCAACGGGACCUGCCUGCUGGCCAGCAUGGGGCUGCAGCUGAACGUGACCUACAGGACGAAGGACAACACGACCGUGACCAGGGGGCUCAACAUCAAUCCCAACAAGACCACGUUCGGCGGGAGCUGCUCCGCCCAGCUGGUGACCCUGGAGCUGCAGGGCGAGAGCCUGCGGCUGCUGGCCCUCCAGUUUGCCCUGAACACGAGUUCCAGCCGGGUCUUCCUCCAGGGAGUCCAGCUGAACAUGACUCUGCCGGACGCCAGAGACCCCAGCUUUAGCGCUGCCAACAGCUCGCUGAGGGCGCUGCAGGCCACCGCCGGCAACUCCUACAAGUGCAGGUCGGAGCAGCGCUUGCAGGUCACAGAGGCCUUUGCCCUGAACGUGUUCCAAGUGCGGGUCCAGGCGUUCCGCGUGGACGGGGACAAGUUCGGGCCCGCGGAGGAGUGUCAGCUGGACGAGAACAGCAUGCUCAUCCCCAUCGCCGUGGGCGGCGCCCUGGCGGGCCUGGUCCUCGUCGUCCUCAUGGCCUACCUCGUCGGCAGGAAGAGGAGCCACGCCGGCUACCAGACCAUCUAGCGCCCGCCGCGCCGGCAGCCUCGCUGGGCUUAGGUGGCUGUCAGGGGCACCCUUGUCUCGCAAACUGGUUUUCACAUCUGCUUUUUCCAAUGUGAAGUUCAUCCGGCAACAUUUACUAUGCACAAGAGUAACUGCGGAAAUGACGGUGUUAAUUUUGCUAACUGGGUUAAAUAUUUUGCUAACUGGUUAAACGUUAAUAUUUACCAAAGUAGGACUUGGGGGGGGGGGGCGGUGAGAUUGCUUUUCUAAACUGGCACUGGCUCCGCUGUCAUCUGGCUGUGAGGUUCCGGGGUUCGUUCUUUUCACUCUACCUGGUUUAAGCCUUACGGAGGGAGGGUCUCUGGUCUUGACGCUGUGACCCGUGGUGGCCGGGAGCGGAGGCUGCCGCGCCGGGGCUGGGGCAGGGGCGGGGGCGGGAGUCGUGGACAGAACGAGGAGGGGGCGUGUGGGGGGCGCCCGUGAAGCUUCAGCAGCCAGCGUGCGGCCCUGCGGCUCCCUGUGCUCUGCCACCUGAGAGCUGGCACUUUUUUAAAUAGAAAAAUGGGUGUUAUUUUUAUUUACUUUUUUGUAAAGUGAUUUUGUCUUCUGUUUGAGGUUUGGGGUGAUCCUUUGCACCGUGUACAGUAAUUGUUCACUGAUUGACGCUUGCAGCUCAGUGGCUGUGCGCUGAGGGCCCGUCCCUUCCUGGGACGUGUUGCCGUA